GUUCUUCUAUUAAUCUUCCGACGGUCGAGGAAGUGAGAGGAUUUAACGCCGAAGAACUUAAUGGCUUUUUGAAAAGGAGGUUAAACGACAUUGAUAGUCACAUAGAUGCCUUAACAGCUCAGGAAGUCGACG